AUGGGAAAGGUAGAGGAAGAGCAGUCUCUACCCACCACUGUUGGUGCCCAGAACACAGACCAAAAUGCAGAACAUCGGUGUAGAGGUGGUGGGUUUGUCAAUUUCAGAUGUGUCUUGGCUCUGGUGCUUGGUUGUGCAGUCUUGCUCUCUGCUCUAUUUUGGCUGCCACCGUUUCUUCACUAUGGAGAUCAGAGGGAUCUGGAUCUGCACUCUGAGUUUGGAGUUGAGUUGGGUGCUUGA